GAUGAUGCUCACUCUAUCUUUGUUAGUAUUAUUGUCUCCAUUAGUUUUUGUGAGCAGUUUUGAAUUGUCUGUUACUAUUGAAUCCAAUAAUGUUGACUGCUAUCCUCGUUUGUCAUUCGAAUGGACUGGCACUACAACCAAUGAGUCAAAUACCAGCCAUUACAUUGGAGAGCUAGUGUCUCUUGGAGACUGUGCAGGAACAAAUCUAUCAUACAUAAUUGAUGAAGAUGAAACAUCUUUUGAUAUAGAAAGAAAUGACAGCAUAUCAUACAAUUGUGAUUAUAGAUUUACUCUCACUUCUUACCCUGAUGGUGAAAAUGCUACCAUUCAGUUUCACACAACAUUGCCUACCAAUUUGGUAUUGGCUGAUGUGUCAUUGUCAAGAUUCAGUUUGUUUGGUACAACAAUCGACUUAUCCGUUAGCUGGAAUCACAUUCCGCAUGCGAAUGACACCAUCAAGAGAUAUGACGCUAGAGUCAUUAACAGGCAUCUCCAAACUGUUCUAUCUCUUCCUUUUCUUACCGAACCAUUCAUCAAUGGAUCCUUUACACUCACAAGUGUAUCCGAGCCACUAUACAUUCAAAUAAGAGGGAUAAACAGCAGGUGUGUGGAUGAUACACGCUUCAAUGUUUGGAGUGAGCCCUUGUUGCUCAGUAACAUUCAAUGCAAUACAUUUACUCACAACGUUGUUGAGCCAUUCACCUCGGAGAGAGAAGCUGUUGAUAGAGCAAGAUGUCAUGCAAAAUGUGUUGAUGAAUAUGCAAUCGAUGCAGUGAGGGCAUUGAAUACUGUGUGGCCUUUUCUUGAUGUGUCUACACAAAAUUGUUCAACAAAAAAUCUAAUUAAGCAGUGCUUCAUUGGUUGUGUAGAGAAACUAAAGAGUCCAUUUAUUGCUGAUUACAUUUGCACUGACCAUUGUGUUACUAGUUGUAAGGAUGAGUGUAAUGGAAAUAUACAGUGCCCCAUGGGAGAUGGAAGCAGCUGUAAUAGAAAAUGCAAAUACAGUCCAUGUGAGAGAGGCUGUCGGUUGUUUAGCUCUCUAGCAGAAGAGUCGUCAUUACCAGUUAAUCCAACUGAUCAUCCUUCCUUCAUAACGACCAACUCCAUUGAAGGAGGAGGAUAUAAUAUUAAUUUAAAGUCAAUUAAUGACUCCAUAAUAGGACAAUCAGCCACAACUGUCCUCCUCCAAAUAAAAUCAAAACAAUUAACCUACUAUCAGUGGCAGGAAAGUCUUAAUUCGGCUAAUCUUACCUCCUUUGCCUGUCAAGCUGUCAACGUCUCCAUUGCCAUAGUAACAGCAAGAGGUAUUUCAUCCUACUCUAGGCCACUUGGUAUUCAUGUCUAUGGAGAAACACGCUUUGCAUCUCAUCCUGGUUCAAUUAGUAUAACCAUAAAGGAGGACCGGAGGGAAGGAUUCUUUAAACAUGCAAUGUUAAAUUUCAGCUGGAGCAAGCCAACCAAUAACCUUGAGCAUUUGGAGUAUUACCAGAUUACGAUAUUCUCUGUAUUGCCAGAAUGUGGUGGAGUAGGACAGUUUAAUUACAAUGUUACUAAGAAUGAAACCAGUCACUUGAUUAUAUCUAGUGUUCCUAUGUCUCUUCCAAUUUUCCAAUGCUUCUAUUUUUAUAGGAUACAUUCCGAACCAUCCGACAGUCGAUAUGACAUUCCAUUCGCUCCCUUAGACGUAUCAAGAGAGUCUGGACCUCCCCCAGUAGCAAACCUUAGCUGCCACAGAAACCAAAACGUCACUACUGGUGUAAUCACAGCCACAAUAAGGUGGACUAUUGAGCCUUGUGAUGCUUUUCUCAUGGAAAGAAUUAUACAAUUUAUUACUUGGAGGGAGUUUUUAGAAGUAGGAGCUGAGUCUAGCCGGACGAGAUUUAGACGCAUACCAAAGGUUGAUAAUAAUUGUACUGAGUAUCAGACUCAAUAUGUCUUCUCUCCAAAUAUAGCACUUCAUGACCGUCUCAGAGUUAGAUUGCAAUACUUCAGUAAUUUUAGUAUUUUUUGGCGAUUGCUACCAGAGCAGACCACCUGUGUCUUGAAUACAAGGUCAAACCGACCAUCAGUCAAUGAAAUUGAGAAUAUCACAAUCCACUCAGUGACAGAUUUUUUAUUCAAUAUAAGUCUAUCAUGGUCUACUCCUGUCUUAACGUACGGAGCGUUGACAAAUUAUACAAUAGUUAUUACUGCAGAGCCAUUGAAUGACAAUGAAACUGCUAGCAACACUACCAGGAUAACAGUAGAGACUACUACUGGGGAAGAAAACAGUCUUGAUAUAAAUAGACCAAAUAUAUUUCCUACAUCAAUCUCAUGUUUUUAUGCACAAGUAAGAUCAAGCAAUGGGCAAAACACAAGCGAAUGGAGUGACUUUGUGAUUAUAAAUAAAGAUAAUGCAAUGUGCAUCAAUGAAACUACUACUGAUAGUCCUACCACCAAUGGAACUGAAACUGUUACGGAGGACUCCACAUUGCCAGUGUAUGUAGUCCCAGUUGCUGCAGCCGGAGGAGCAUUACUGAUCAUAAUCAUUAUCAUCUUGUUCAUAUUAUUACUAUUCUGCUGCUUCCUUUACUGCAAACAAAGAAAAUUUAGGAAAUCAUUUGACUUUAAUAAUGGCAGCGAUUGGCUACCAAUGAACAGUCCGACCGAUGGCGGCACUAACAGUCAUGCUAUCAACAGUAACUAUAGUAUCCUAAGAGAUGCAUGGGAAAUAGAGCCAGUCAAAAUAAUACUGGAGAGUCAAUUGAGUGAAGGAGCAUUUGGCACGGUGCAUAAGGGAUAUAUAUGUGGACCAUUGAACAAUGCAAGACUCCCAUCAGAUGUAAGGAAGAGUGCGAGCAUACCUGUGGCUGUAAAAAUGAAUAAAAAAAUGGCAAACAGGACAGAGAGAGCCGAUCUACUGAACGAGAUAGAGCUGAUGAAGCUAAUAAGCGAAGGGAACCACCUCCACAUUGUUAACAUGAUAGGUUGUGUCACCAUACAGGAGCCGAUACAGCUCUGCAUGACAAUCAUUAAACACGGAGAUCUAUUGAAAUUCCUACAGUAUAUAAGGCAAAACCAACUGGCUAACACGAGUGGGGGUGAGCAGGAUAGUAUGUACUACAAUAUCGGAGAUGUGUCUCAUUCUGAUCUUUUCAGUUUCGGUUAUCAAAUAGCUUCUGGAAUGGAGUAUCUCUCUAGCAUUGGUAUCAUUCAUCGUGACCUUGCUUGUCGUAAUGUCCUCAUUGAUGCUGACAAAAACCUGAGAAUAUCCGAUUUUGGAAUGUCUAGAAAAGUCGGAGGAGCCGACGAAGCCUACGUGAAGAAGACCAGAGGGCGCCUCCCCUGGAAAUGGAUGGCAAUUGAGUCUCUCACUGAAAGAGAGUUUUCAUUUAAGUCUGACGUGUGGUCUUACGGAGUGACCCUCUGGGAAAUAGUCACACUUGGUGGUUUUCCAUACCCUACUGUCAGUAACAGUAACAUAUUGAGUCAUCUGCUGGAUGGGAAUAGAUUAGAAAAACCGCAAAAUUGCAGCCAAGAAAUAUAUAACAUAAUGACCCUUUGCUGGUUGAUUAAUGCCAAAGAAAGGCCAUCCUUCUGUGAGCUGAAGGUCAAGUUUGAUUCUUUACUGAGUAACGAAGCCGAGUACAUACAAUUAUCAGUUGAUCCAUCUCUGCCGUAUUAUAAUGUGAUCGAUGAUGAGCUGCUGUCCUGUCUAUCAGGAGAAGGGGAGGACUCACAGGUCAUUAUGAAUGAAGGCUUGAUGUCAAAGCACCAGACUAUGAAUAAUUAAAAACUAACAAUGUUCUUUUAACGUAAUUUUUAUUGAUAUAAGCGUCGAUACAACAAUAAUAAUAAAACCCGUCUGAUUUACAUCAUUAUCAUUGUUAUAAUUAUUGUAUAAAUAAAAGUAAAUCCCCUCUAUCACACUUGCUCAA